GAAAUUAAAAGUGACAUUAGUGUAUAAGAUUGGACCCAAAGGAUCAUUCUGAAAGUUGAGACAUCAAAAGAGACGAAUUCCAUCAUGGCACUUGUACCAACAACAACACCAACCAUCAACAAUGGUCCACUGAUCGCCGAGGUGGACAUGGGUUCCGAUUCCAACGCCCCCACCGUCCGAGCCACGGUUGUUCAAGCCUCCACCAUCUUCUACGACACUCCCGCUACUCUCGAUAAGGCUGAGAGAUUGCUGGCUGAAGCUGCUGGGUAUGGGUCACAGCUUGUUGUGUUUCCAGAAGCGUUUAUUGGCGGCUACCCGCGUGGUUCCAAUUUUGGUAUUAUUAUUGGAAUCCGCACAGCCAAAGGUAGAGAGGAUUUUCGCAAGUAUCAUUCUUCAGCCAUAGAUGUUCCUGGUCCUGAAGUGGAUAGAUUGGCUGCAAUGGCAGGGAAGUAUAAAGUACAUUUAGUGAUGGGUGUGAUAGAGAGGGAUGGCUACACACUUUACUGCACAGUUCUCUUCUUUGAUUCUCAGGGUCAUUAUCUAGGAAAGCACAGGAAAUUGAUGCCAACAGGAAUGGAAAGGGUUAUGUGGGGAUUUGGUGAUGGAUCAACCAUUCCAGUGUUUGAAACUCCCCUUGGAAAAAUAGGUGCUGUCAUAUGCUGGGAGAACAGGAUGCCGCUUUUAAGAACAGCAAUGUAUGCUAAAGGUGUGGAGAUAUAUUGUGCACCAACAGCUGAUGCCAGAGAAGUGUGGCAAGCAUCAAUGACCCAUAUUGCUCUUGAAGGUGGAUGUUUUGUUUUGUCAGCGAACCAGUUCUGCAGGAGGAAGGAUUAUCCACCCCCUCCAGAGUAUGUUUUCGCAGGCACGGAAGAGGACCUAACACCAGAUUCUGUUGUGUGUGCUGGUGGUAGUGUCAUUAUAUCACCAUUGGGUAAUGUUCUGGCUGGACCGAAUUAUGAGGGGGAGGCACUCAUUUCAGCAGACCUAGAUCUUGGAGAAAUAGCAAGAGCUAAGUUCGAUUUUGAUGUGGUUGGUCACUAUUCAAGGCCUGAAGUGCUUAGCUUGAGUGUCAAGGACCAUCCAACAAACCCAGUUACUUUUGCAUCAACUUCAACAAAAAGUUGAAGACAAAACCAAGUAGCUUUUCCCUUCAUCAUCCCUCCAGAACCACUAGUUCCGGACUGGUCCCCAGUUCUAGCCUAAUGUGUCAUCUUGCGCGUUAAUAAUUAUGCUUGUGAAGUAAGCGGAACUCUUCUUAUAAUUUGGGUUAGAAACCCGUAUUUAUUAUAUCUUGGAUGGACGUAUGUCCAAGUUGAUUUGAACUUGUACAAAGAAAUUAAGAAAAUAUUGGUUUGGUGGUUUA